AUGAUAUUGACGGUGUACCUCAGUGAUGGGGAACAGGCUGUGACUGAGGUGCCCAUCACCCCUGAGACGACGUGCCGGGAUGUCGUCGAGUUCUGCAAAGAGCCCGGCGAGAGCGGCUGCCACCUGGCUGAGGUCUGGAGAGGCAACGAGCGAGCGAUCCCCUUCGAACACAUGAUGUAUGAGCAUCUGCAGAAAUGGGGGCCUCGGAAACAAGAAGUCAAGUUCUUCCUCCGGCAUGAAGAUUCACCGACUGAGAGCAGUGAUCAAGGGAGUCAGCAGUCUCAGGAUCAGACGAGUCGCAGGAGUGGAAACACUGGAGAGAAGCACAAUGAGAACGGGAGGAUUAUAUCAGUCAGCCUGCUGGAUGAUAUAACGGGCCCUAAGAGGAUCAUUGCUCUGGCUUUUGCAUGGACUGCUGCCCAAACCCUGAGGGCUUUCUCUCCAGCGAGCAGAGCUGAUCAUCCUCUGACAGAAACGCUGCUUCGUAAAGAGCAGAGGUGCCUCAAG